AAUAUUAUCAACCAGGUAUUAUGAUUCUCAACGACACUCCCUUGGUGGACGACCCCCUCGUAGACGACAGCGUCGACCCCGUGUUGGACGUGGCCUUGUGGGGCGACAAGGCCGUCACGCCCUUCGUGGCUUCGGUCCACGUGUGGCCACGGAGCCUGGCCGUGGCCACCCUGGCCCUGGCCGGCGGCGGGAAGAUGUUGCUUGUCACCUAUAUGGUGGACGGCGAGGGUCUGAAGCGCCUGCUGGUGCUGGCCAGUCUUGUUGUGAUCCUCCUGACGGUGCUGCUGGUGGCCAGGGUCCUGCGGGGCCGUGACCAGGGCCGUGACCGUGGCCGUGGCCGUGACCAGGGCCGUGACCAGGGCCGUGACCGUGGCAGCCGUGACGAGAGCUGGGAAGACAUGACAAAGAGGAAGACAAAGAGGAGGAGAAGAACGGUGGCGGUAAAGACGACGGCCAUCAGCCGUGUCUUCUCCGGAAGAGGCAAGAGGUGGAGGAGGAAGAGGAGACAGGGAGGAGCUUGUGCCAGCACCGGAUGGUGCCUUGUCUCCUGGCUCCGUCUCCUCCCCUCCCGUGUCUCCUCUACCCUCACCUCACUCACCUCCCUUCUCCUCUUUCUCGAGUCCUUCCUCAGUUCAGUAGCAACCCAGCUGCUGUUGAUCACUUCCGCUUGCAACAAUGUCUCCGCGGCGCUGUCAACUGUGUUGUCAGCGGCAGCCACUCUCUCCUCCACUCUUGGCCGCGAGUUCUCCUCCUACACGCAACAAUCCUUCACUCGCGUGUGAAGGUCGCGGGCCUUGACCAGCGACUCCAGGCACUUGACCAGCGACUCCAGGCACUUGACCAGCGACUCCAGGCACUUGACCAGCGACUCCAGGCACUUGACCAGCGACACACCUGCCAGGCUGGUCAACCACACCUGAUCACUCCCGCGGCCCUACCACUGGUAGGGGCCGAUGGAGUCACUCCCGCGGCCCUACCACUGGUAGGGGCCGAUGGAGUCACUCCCGCGGCCCUACCACAGGUAGGGGCUGGGGGAGUGGCAGGUGU